AUGGCACUGACGUAUGCCUUUACGAAGGAGUCUACUGGUACGGUAGGCGAGUUUAUGGGGGUUGGUUACCGAUCCGUUGUUGCUUGGUCUCUCAGGUACUUGCUCAGUGGGGGAGCUGCUUUCGGUGCUGCUGUUGGAGAAGCUGAAUUUACAGGGCCAGACCUCGAGCAUCAGGCUAUAGGGAAAGUCAAGAUUAUUAAAGAUAGGUUGAAAACUGCUCAAAGUCACCAAAAGUCUUACUCAGACGUUCGUCGCAAAGAUUUGGAGUUCAAAGAGGAUGAUUGGGUAUUUUUGAAGGUUUCCACCAUAAAGGGUACCAUGUGGUCUGGAAAUAAAGGAAAGUUGAGUCCCAAGGUUUCCACCAUAAAGGGUACCAUGUGGUCUGGAAAUAAAGGAAAGUUGAGUCCCAAGGUAUUGGGAGAUCCAUCCACUAUUGUGCUAGUUAAAACUAUCGAGGUUAAUGAGGAACUGUCAUAUGAAGAAGUUCCAGUUGCCCUUCUUGGCAGGCAAGUUCGGAAAUUGAGAAAUAAGGAAAUUGCCUCUCUAAAAGUGUUAUGUCCGAACCAACAGGUUGAGGAAGCCACUUGGAAAGACGAGAAAGAAAUGAGAAAGAAGUACCCACAUCUGUUUUAUAGCCAU